UACAGCAAUUUCAGAAAGAAGUUUGGAAGCAAGCAACUAAAAAGCUUGAUGUGGAAGGCUGCAACCUGCACGCACCCAAGAGCAUGGGAAAGAGAAAUGCAUAACAUUAAAGAAGUGAACGAGGACGCCUUCAAAUACCUAAUAGCAAUACCACCAAGAUAUUGGUCCAGGUCUAGGUUUACCAUGCAAGCCAAAUGUGACACGUUGGUAAACAACAUGAGUGAAGCCUUCAACAACGUAAUUGUGGAUGCAAGAUCCAAGCCAAUCAUCUCAAUGCUGGAAGACAUCCGUUUGUAUAUUAUGAAAAGGUGGUCCAAGAAUAGAUCCAAGGUGCAAAAGUACGAGGGAGAUAUAUGCCCUAAGAUUCGCGCCAGAUUGUCAAAAGAGUCUGACCAAACUAAGUAUUGGAUACCAAGGUACUUUCGAAUCUGGUCCUACUUUAGUUGGUCAGGUCAGAAGUUGUUUGAAGUUAGGCAUGUCUCAUUAAUUGGAGACAAGUUCACUGUCAACAUAGAAAGCCAGGAAUGCAACUGCAGGAAAUGGCUCAUUAGUGGGAUCCCAUGUUGCCAUGCAAUUGCUGCACUGAACUUCCUCAACUUGAAGGCAUAAGAUUACAUUCCACAUUGGUUCAGACGUACAACAUAUGAAGAGAUAUACAACUCCAUAGUUCUUCCUGCCAAUGGCCAACUUUUCUGGGAAACAACUGCCUUUCCUGAUGUUCUACCACCACUUAAAAGAAGGCUGCCAGGGAGACCAAAGAAGAAGAGAAGGCUGGAAGCUUGGGAACUUACAAAAGAUAACAGCCAAAUGAGGCCAGGUGGUCAUAGAAAGAGAUGUUCAGUUUGUCGCGCACUUGGGCACAAGAGGAACAAUUGUCCAGCACUUCCUGUCCAUGGCUGUGCAGAACGUCCCACUGAAGCUGCAGCAACACAACCAACUCAACCCACACAAAGUGAACCACAAACAACUCAACCCACACAAAGUGAACCACCACCAAGUCAACCACCUGCAACACCCACUCCACCUGCAGCACCAACCCCACCAGUUGCAGCACCAACCCCACCAGCACCAGGACCACCACCCGAUACUGCAGUACAACAGCCAAGCCAACCAUCUUAUGGAAUUAGAAAGAUGAGGCCAAAAAUGCAAAUAAGAAGGCCACCACGUCCAUCAGCAGAUUAAUGAAUGUAUUUUGGGGGAGGAAAUAUUUUGUUAUGUAUUUUGGGGGAGGGAAUAUUUUGUUAUGUAUUGUCAAUUGGAAAUCAUGAUGUACUUUAACAAUUUCUGGAUUUUAAUCACUGAUAUUUUGAUGGAA